AUGGCAAUUACGAGUGUCAUGCACGUGCUAGCCAUGUCCUUGGUUCUAGUGGCAAUGUCCGCAGCACAAGCUCCUUCCCCUGCACCGACACUUCCUACCAUGCCACCAUUCUUCAACGUUAACAAUCCUCCACCAGCCUCCUCCCCAUUUUCAUCACCCCCAAGUGCCGGGAGCCCAAGCUCAAGCUCAAGCCCAAGCCCAACUCUUCCCACAUCACCACCUUCAUCCUCUGCUCCUCCUCUUGCUUCAUCUCCCUCACCGGGGACACCACAUACUUCACCGCCACCGUCGAUUGGAGAACCACCUUCUCAUAAUCCGGUGGCCUCAAAGCCAAGCAACGCGUUUGUUCAUGGAAGCAGCUUGUUCAUGCUAGCACUGUUUGGGGGUGCUGCAAUGCUUCUUGUUUAA